AUGACCUCCUCGAAAGCUCUCUUCACGCCAACCCUUGCGGCGAACCUGUCAAGCGCGGCCAGGAAAGGCCUGUUCUCGUCGACUGCCACUGCUGCGGGUCUGAGGACCAGCUGUGCGGCCUUCAGACCAUUCGAUGCGCAGUCGAGACGAAACUUCUCUGUCUCCCACAAAGCGCAGCUCGAGUUCUUCCCGCCACCCAAAAACCUUCCUAACAUCAAAUUGACUCCUCCACCAUGGCCCCAUCCGAACGCAACAGAGGAACAACUUAAGAACAUUGAGGUUGCUCACAGAGAAGUGCGUGGCGUCUCGGAUUGGAUUGCAUACAACACGGUACGCUUUUUGCGAUGGGGCACCGAUCUCGUCACCGGCUACCGCCACGACCCCAGCAAGCCUUACGUGAUGAGCGAGAGGAAAUGGCUGGUCCGUUUCAUCUUUCUCGAGACUGUGGCUGGUGUGCCGGGAAUGGUGGCCGGGAUGCUUCGUCACUUACGGAGUCUACGGGCGAUGAAAAGAGACAAUGGAUGGAUCGAAACCAUGCUUGAAGAUGCAUACAACGAGCGGAUGCACCUCCUCACAUUCCUGAAAAUGGCCGAACCCGGAAUUUUUAUGAAGUUGAUGAUUCUCGGUGCCCAGGGGGUCUUCUGCAACGGCUUCUUCGUUGCGUACCUUGUGAACCCCAAAAUAUGCCACCGUUUUGUGGGCUAUCUCGAAGAGGAGGCAACCAAGACCUACAGCUAUGCCAUUGAAGACAUCGAGAGUGGCAAACUCCCAGGUUGGGAGAAGCUCGAAGCACCGGAGAUUGCCGUCAAGUACUGGAAUAUGCCGGAAGGGAAGAGGACCAUGAAAGACCUUCUAUACUACAUCCGAGCGGACGAGGCGAAGCACCGAGAGAUCCAUCACACUUUUGCCAACCUCAACCAGGCCGAAGACCCCAACCCGUUCGCCUCGGAGUACAAGGAUCCGUCUAAACCUCACCCUGGCAGAGGCAUUGAACACAUCAAGGCGAAAGGCUGGGAGCGGGAAGAGGUUAUCUAG